AAAUGUCAUCCUUGGACGUGCGUUCGGAAAACGCGUGCAAAUACACAAACAAGCAUUUUCCUGCCGAAAUUGUUCCAGUUCGCACGUGAGAAAUUAAGCUAAAGACGCUUGUUUUUAUAACACCAGCCAAACGAUGACUGAAUCGGAUGUACAAUCGGCCGCAGUGCCAGAGGUGAAGCCGGAGGGAAACGAUGAAAACGUUACCUUGACAAACACAGAAGCAGCUAUCAUCCGCCAGCUGGAGUACUACUUCGGUGAUGCCAAUCUGGCCAAGGAUAAGUUCAUGAAGGAGCAGAUCGCUCAGAAUGAUGGCUGGGUACCGAUGGAUGUGCUGCUAACGUUCAAGCGCCUGAAGUCGAUCAGUGAGGACAAGAAGGCGAUUGUGGAUGCGAUUGCCAAAUCAGACGAGGGAUUGAUCGAGGUUAGCGAGGACCGUGAAAAGCUGCGCCGCCAUCCGGAGCGUCCGCUGCCCGAGAUGAACGAAGAACGGCGCCAGGAGCUUUUCGCACGCACGGUGUACGUGAAGGGUUUUGCUCCACAAAACGGUACCACGAUGAAUGAGUUGGUAGAAUUUUUCGAACCGUACGAAAAGGUGGUCAACAUCCUGAUGCGCAAGUACCACGACAAACCGACCAAGAAGUACUUGUUCAAGGGCAGUGUGUUCGUGUCGUUUGCCGACAAGGAAUACUGCGAAAAGUUUCUCGCCAAAGGACCACUAAAGUACAAGGGCAAGGAGCUGAUUUGCAAGAUGCAAAACGAUUACUAUCAUUCGAAGCGUGCCGAGCUGAAGCAGCGCGCCGAGAAGAUCGAGGAACGGAAGCGCAAGAAGCAGGAAACGGACAACGAGCUUCUCGCGCAACUUCCAACCGGGGCGUGUUUGUUUAUGGAAGGUUUCGGCGAGGAAACGACACGUGAAUUGAUCAAGGAAACAAUUCGCGGAGUUGAUGAAACGCUGGAGCUGGCUUACGUCGACUAUAGGAAGGGCGAGAAGAGUGGUUACGUGCGUUUUACCAAGCAAGACGCGGGUAAACAAUUCCUGGAAAAAUUGACGGAUAAAAAGCUGACGGUAGACAAAACUGAGGUGACGGUUGAAUUGCUCGUUGACGAGAAGGAAACAGCAUACUUGGCAAAGAUAGUUGAAGAACAGGCCAAGUAUAAGAGUAAUUUGAAAAACAAAGGCAGAGGAAACAGAGGCAACAAUUACCGUAACAACCAUCACGCUGGACAUAAGCGCCGGAAGGAGCAGGGUGGUGACGAUGGUGAACCAGCCGCUAAGAAGGAUAAGGAUGGCACCAAAAAGGAAACGGUUGCUGCUCCUGCUGCAAGCGAAGCAAAGGCCGCUGAGUAAACAAAUGGUUUGCUACCAGCGCCAAGUUGAAUCGUAGCUCUAAGGAAUCGUACUUUAAUCGCUACUGUAAGGAUAAUUUCUGUAUACUUUUUUUAUAAGACGUUUCUCGCUUGGGAAACAGUUUACUGUAUAGCAUGUUAACGAAUAUGUGAAAUAUAAAAUUGCGCGCAUUUUAAAGA